UUAUUUUGAGGUUAGCCGAUAACUCCUAUCAACUACAAAUUACAGCUACGGCUACUAAAUACAAACAACGUUCCUUUUCUAUUCGUUCGUGGUUGAUUCCCUACAUUUUCGGAUACAGGUAGUCAACAACUAAGGUCAUCAAGAUGGCUCCAAGUGGAAAUAAUAUGAUCCCAAAUGGGCAUUUUCACAAAGACUGGCAACGUUACAUUAAGACUUGGUUCAAUCAACCAGCUCGUAAAUACAGGCGCCACCAGAACCGUAUCAAGAAGGCCAAAGCGUUGGCACCUAAACCAGCGGCAGGUCCUUUGCGACCGGUUGUACAUUGCCCCACAUUACGGUAUCAUACUAAAGUUCGUGCUGGUCGUGGUUUUACUCUGCAAGAGCUUAAGGGUGCUGGUUUAAAUAAACAUUAUGCUCGUACCAUUGGCAUUGCUGUAGACACCAGGCGCCGAAACAAAAGUGUAGAAUCAUUACAAGUGAACAUUGAACGUUUGAAGGAGUACCGUUCCAAAUUAAUUUUGUUCCCGCUCAAGAGCAAGACCAACAAGAUUAAGAAGGGUGAAGCUACUGUAGAAGAAUGCAAGACAGCUACACAAUUGAAGGGAGAUGUAUUGCCCAUUAAACAAUCUGCCAGCAAAGAACCUGAAGCUCGAGCUAUCACUGAAGAAGAAAAGAAGUUUAAUGCUUUCAAUGCUAUUUGCCAGGCAAGACUUGAAGCUAAAUUGAUUGGUAUUAAAGAAAAGAAGGCCAAAGAAGCUGCUGAAAACCCUGAUGCCGCCAAAAAAGCCGCUGAAAAGAAGGGUAAAGGAAAGAAGAAGAAGUGAUUGGUGGUAUAUUUUGUUUGACUUUUAUAAUAAUAACUCAAUAAAAACGUUAAACUUAACA